AUGUUGGGCAUGCGCGAAGAAUUGCUAGAGAGGGAAGAAGUCGAGCGUCAGAUGCGCGAGCUAGAGAUGCAGGAGCGAAUGCAGGUGGAAGCAGAGGAAAUGGAGCGACGAAUGGAGCGGGAGGCAGACGGAGAUAUGGCAGGUGUAGAGGAGCGAGACCUGGAUGAUGAGGUCCCGGAAGCGGAGGAAGGUCACGAAUGGGGGAGUGAGAUUGAUGGGGCCGAUGGUGACGACAUGCAGGGAGAUCUGGACGAUGAGAUUCCUGAUGCAGAUGAAGCAGAGGGGAGCGAGACUUUUAGUGACGAAGAGAUGACUGGUGAGAUUGCACCGCAAGACAGUCCGCAACGGAAUGAGUGGAGCUAUGACUCGCGGAGGGAGCCUGACACCGAUGAAGAGUCAGGUGAUGAGGCACUGCAACGAAUACGCGCGUUGGCGAGACAAACCCGAGAGCAGCGACAAGCAGGUUACCAACGCCGACCCGGUGCACCUGGGUCCGACUACGGCGUCGACGAGCGCGAUUCCCAAGCGCUAGCCCUCACCGAGGAAAUGCUCGACGAAGACGAGAUGGGCGAUGUAAGCUACGGUGGCGAGGAUGAGCGAGAUCUAGAUGGGAGCGUUCCAGACGCCGAAGAGGGCGAGUGGGAGCACACCGAUACCGACGGCGACGAGUUGGACGAGGAGGACAUGGAUAUCUCAAUUAUGCCCGCUCAAGCCCGGACGCGAAGAAGCGAUGGCCCACAACAACUGCUCAGUAGCGCGGGUCGUAGCGUGAGGAGCACAAGAGUCGUCAGCGGCAAUGCUGCCAUCGGUAGCCACCAUUAUCAACGCGAAGGCUCACGUGUCAGCAGCAGCAUCGCAUCCAGCACCGGCAUUUCAGCGCACGGUCGCUUGAGGCCGCAGGGCCUUGUCCCGGGUCAAUCUAAUCUACAAGGGCAUUACGAAACACCGACAGGCGUGCAAGGUCACGGACGUGGUCUACCACGAACAUCCAUGCUCCUGGCGACGGAGAGUUCAGCCGGCGCAACCACGGACGUUCGCACAGGUGCAGACGAUUCCAAUAGACAAGACCCAAGCCAAGGGCAAGCAAGGCGCGGCUGGCUCAACCCCGCCAGUGCGAGACGAAACCUUUUUGGCUUAAGCCGGGGUGCGGGCGGGGGAAGGGUGGCGAACAUCAACAACCCCCCGGCGGAAGGCAGCGGAGGACUCUUCACGCCCGAAGCGCCCGGGGGCCGUCUGCUUGCACAUUCGCAUCCACAACACAACGACUUUGAGACCCCAGAGCAGGCGGAUCCUCAGUUGGGUUCGGGGAGGCAGACCAGGAGUGGGCGGCUGUUAGCGGGAUUUGGUCGGCGCGCGAGGCGUGAUGGGGAGGAAGGGGGAUGA